AUGCAGCUGGAGAACCGUUUGCAUCCGCAGAACUACACCCUCGAGAGCACUCACUUGGAAGACAUUCGAUCUUUCUUUUGGUGGGACGGUGAGCUGAAGGAAGAAGAUGAACUGAGAGCUACCAUCGACUCUGAGGUUCCCUUCGCAGUUCUCUUGGAAGCUCUUGCCGCCGACCACCCUUAUGACUUGCCGAUGAUCGUGUCCAGCGCUCAUCUAGGGUCUGAGGAGCGGGAGCACAAAAACCACAAGCAUGUCAUGGCCAUUGCAGUGGUGAACGAAACCAAGCUGGAAGUGGCUCAUGGCUUGGCCAAGUCCAUCGUAGAGGUGGCACAGCUUCAAAUGAAAGACUCCGAAGUGGAGCACUUCACGAUCAUUUUAAAGACCUUGGCCGCAGCCAAGGACCAGAUUGAGGUUGAAUUUGGAGGCUUGCACUUCGACUUUCAUCCGAUCCAAGCCAACGAGCAAUACUUGAAGUGGAUUGAGGACAACACGGUCGUCCGUCCACAUGCUGGGGACCCAGAGGCAAUGCGGCCUUGUCCGCAGAAGCGGGGUCCGUUCACUGACAAAAGGAAGUGCGAGGGCGCCAUCUCCCCGCCAACGCAGAAGGGCAGCCGGGUUUGGUCCGAUGAGAUGGCCAAGGCGGUGAUGCGAAUGGCAAUCCACAAGAUGUCGACACGGCACCUCGCAGCAUUGCUGCUGUGCAUGUUCCUUUCGCAGAGACCCUUCGAGAGGCCGGGUGCCGAGCUUGCCAGCCACAUGGCAGGGGAUUCGCCGGAGGAUUCGCCGGAGGAGGAUCCGCUGCCGGAAUUGGAAGAGGAGCUGCCCUUUGCACUAGCCUCGGGGGAUUUGCAGCAGUUCAGUGCCACCGUCCAAGAAUCGCAUUUGCAGCCUGUGCCCCAGUUUCACCAACCAGAUCUACAGGGCCCCACGGGACCUGACCAGCGAGUGGUCGCACUUCCUCUCCGAGAACGGAGCGAUCCGACAGGACUACGGCGGCUGGGCAUGGAGCUGAAGCAGCGGCUGAUGCAGAACUUGGCGACACCGAUCAAGGACUCCUUGGAGCUGCCCUACCUCCUGGUCAACAAGGCCCUUGUGGACAAGUCCAACCCGGCUAUGUGCCUUGCUCUUCUGGUCACCUUGGACCUUGUGGACUAUGUCAACCCGGCUAUGUUUUGGACCAGGACCUCAUGGAUGUGGAGCUCAAGCUUUUGGACCUUCGGCCCCAUGGCCUUCUACUCCAACAAGCCCUAUGAGUUUUACACCACCACAGCCAGCGGCAAGUGUACCUCGACCUUCAACUCCGGCAACACCUACAAGUCAGCAUGGUCAACCGGAUGCCAGUUCGAGGACUUCUCCAAUGCCACCAGAUCCUUGGGCGAAGUUUCGUGCGGAGUUCCAGACAGCAGUCAACCAACAGACAUGGAAUCCUUGUUGAGGCAACUGGUCUCCACCCUUGGAGGCGAGCGGAAAUCUCAAGUGCCGACUUGGAGUGGCGCACCAAACCUCUUGCGCCAAUGGCUGAAAAGCCUCGGGCUCUGGGAACAAGAAACUUCACUUCCCAAGAGCAAGUGGGGACUGCGCCUGUAUGCAGCCCUCACCGACGAUGCAAAGCGCAUCGCCGACACGGUGCCAAUGGAUGAAUUGGUCACUGAACGCGGCUACUCAGCCAUCCUCACGGCACUGAUGUCGAAGUACAAGCCUUAUUUGGAGGCAGUUGGACCUUCAAGUGUCGACUCCUUUUUGUACCUUGGCGAAAGAGGCCCCAAAGAAUCCUUUGCAGCCUAUCUGGCCCGCAAGGAAGUCCAACGCCAAGAACUCGAGAGUCAGAUCGGCGAGAAGCUGCAGACCUUGGUCGCCGGCCGUGUACUCCUUCGCCAGGCGAACUUGACGGAGCAACAGCAGCAGCUCUUAGCUUUGAAGAUGACCACUUUGGCCACCUACGAGGAAGUCAUCCAGAGCCUUCGACCUCUGGACAGGUUGGACAGCUUGGCCAAAGCAGGUGGACUACCAGGAGCUGCAACGACGACCAACAAGACCUACAUGACUGCCGAGCCCUACGACUACGACUACUUCGAUGAGGACGAAGAGGAGGAGGAUGGAGAAGCUGAUGACUACGACUAUGAGGAGGACGGCGACUCUGUGGAAGAUGGCAUGCUCCAGUUUGAAGACAGGGAGUAUGAUGAGAUGGAAGCUGUCUAUGUCCAGGCGUACAACGACGUGCGCAAGGACUUGAGGUCCCGACGAAAUGAGCGGGGCUUUGUCAACCACCGUGGGAAGAAACAAAAAGGAAGCGGCAAAGGCGGUCGCUUCAGAAGGAAAGGCCGUGGAAAAGGUCGCGGUGGAAAAGCACCAAAAAGGGAUGACUCCUUUGUGAGGGGCACAGAACAAGAACUUCUAGCCCGAACCAGAUGCUUCAACUGCCAAGAACUCGGGCACAUCAGCAGGAACUGCCCCAUGAAGCCCUCGAAGAAGCAAGGUGGCGGCACAAACUUUGUCACUGUUGGCACUGGCCCCAAGGCUAGUCCCAAGGCUCCUACUUCGUCGACGAUGAUGACAAGCAGGACUACCUCGAGCAUCUUUGUCUUCAGCAAGGUGAACAGUGAAGCGACCCAAAGAUCCUUGACAAGAGCCAUCUACGCCUGUGUUCGCUGCAGAGCCAACCAAUGUGUGGUGGACACCGCGGCUGAAGAUGCAGUCACAGGUUCGCAAGCCUAUGAAGCUAUGGUUGAAGAGUUGGCCAGCUUGGGACUUCGCCCGGUUCCUGUCAAGCAGCAGGGCAUUCCAUGCGCUGGCAUUGGAGGACAAGCUCAGCUUCGCUUGGUUGCUGACGUUCCCACUUGCAUUGCAGGCUUGCUGGGCAUCAUUCGCUUCUCUGUCAUCGAGGACACCGAGAACUUCGUGACCCCGCCGUUGCUUCCCAUAUCCUAUCUGGAGGCAGUGGGCAGCACCUUGGACUUCAUCCACGACGUGUACACCACCCAGGACGGCCAUUCCACUGUGAUGACUCGACUACCUUCUGGUCACCGUGCUGUCAGCCUCUUCGAGUUUGACAUCACGCCCUGGAACCUACCUCCUGAACAUCGUGUCAAUGGCUUUGACCCUUUUGUUUUGCCCGCUGGACGUUCCUCGCACUCCUUUUUGGGGGGGAGUGGGAUCGGUGGGAUCGGGUUCUGUUGUUCCUUUGCGUGGCUCGACUUUCGUCGAUCGGACCCCUGA